GGGAAACAGGAUGGUAUCGCUUCUCGGCCUUUUGGCUAAGAUCAAGUGUAGUAUCUGUUCUUAUCAGUUUAAUAUCUGAUACGUCCUCUAUCCGAGGACAAUAUAUUAAAUGGAUUUUUGGGAUUAGGAGUUGGAAUAGGAGCUUGCUCCGUCCACUCCACGCAUCGACCUGGUAUUGCAGUACUUCCAGGAACGGUGCACCUCCUUCGGGAGGAACACACGUUGGUCUCUGAAAAGAAAGAUAUAAUGUAUAUUUUAUUUUCGCUUUUUUUUGACGGUGUGAUCAUCAUAUACCGGUAAAACAUUACAUGCUUUAGAGCAGAGGAACAGACUAGGGCUGCCUGGAUCCGAUAUCGUGGUUGAGACAGUAUGCCUUUUACUCCAAAUGUAAAAUGGUCAAGUUACUGUUCAGAUCUCCACAAAUAAGUCUCCAGAUUUCAUUUUUGUAAAAGCAAAACCAGCUGGCGGGGAGGAUAUUUUUACUCUUCAGGUUCUUUAAAGGCCUAGGAGUUCCUCCGGAUCCGACUAGACGCAUGCUGGUGACGCAGGCGCUGCGCCGGAAGUGUGAGCCUUGGGUUCCCGAGCUCCGCUAUGGCGGCUGCGGCUGCACGCUGGAACCAGUGUGGGUUGGCACCGACACUGGCAUCCUGAAAGGAGUGAACCUUCAGCGCAAACAGGCGGCGAACUUCACGGCGUCAGAACAGCCGCGGCGCGAAGAGGCGGUGAGCGCCCUGUGUUGGGGUGCGGGCGGCGAGACACAGAUCCUAGUGGGCUGUGCCGAUGGGACAGUGAAGCGCUUCAGCACAGAGGAAGGCAGGUUCCAGGGCCAGAGGCCAUGUCCUGGAGGGGAGGGCACGUUCCGAGGCCUCGCCCAGGUCGACGGCACCCUCAUCACAUGUGUGGAUUCUGGGAUUCUUCGAGUCUGGCCUGACAAGGACAAGGAGGCAUCCUCUGACCCACUCCUGGAACUGAGGGUGGGCCCUGGGGUAUGUAGGAUGCGUCAAGACCCAGCACGCCCCCACAUCGUUGCCACAGGUGGGAAGGAGAAUGCUCUGAAGGUGUGGGACCUGCAGGGAUCUGAGGAGCCUUUGUUCAGGGCCAAGAACGUACGGAAUGAUUGGCUCGACCUGCGGGUUCCCAUCUGGGACCAGGACAUACAGUUCCUUCCAGAGUCACAGAAGCUCGUCACCUGUACAGGGUACCACCAAGUCCGUGUCUAUGAUCCAGCCUCCCCUCAGCGCAGGCCAGUCCUCGAGGCCACCUACGGAGAGUACCCGCUGACAGCCAUGACCCUCACUCCGGAGGGCAAUUCAGUAAUUGUGGGGAAUACUCAUGGGCAGCUGGCAGAAAUUGACCUUCGGCAAGGGCGCCUGCUGGGCUGUCUAAAGGGACUGGCAGGCAGCGUCCGAGGGUUGCAGUGCCACCCUUCAAAGCCCCUACUAGCCUCCUGUGGUUUGGACAGAGUCUUGAGGAUACACAGAAUCCGGAAUCCACGGGGCCUGGAGCAUAAGGUUUAUCUCAAAUCUCAAUUGAACUGUCUCCUCCUGUCAGGCAGGGAUAACUGGGAGGAUGAACCGCAAGAGCCUCAGGAGCCCAACAAGGUGCCCUCAGAAGACACAGAGACAGAUGAACUUUGGGCGUCCUUGGAGGCAGCUGCCAAGCGGAAGCUCCCCGAUUGGGAGCAGACCCAGGGCGCUCUCCAAGCCAGACGGAGAAAGAAGAAACGGCCUGGGUCCACCAGCUCCUGAAGAGCUUGUGCUCACUUUGUAAAUAAACAGCUUAAAACGUA